GUGGCCAUAGGUUUUGCAACUAAACCUUAUCCAAGGUGGAGAUUACCAGGAUGGCAUAAGCACUCUGUAGCGUACCACUCUAAUUCAGGAGCUGUAUUUGUCAGCGACUCGACCUACGGAAGACCCUAUGGGCCACCAAUAAAGGAAGGUGAUGUCGUAGGUGUAGGAUAUCUGUAUCAAAGUGGAACUAUCUUCUUUACUCAAAAUGGAAAAGUAAGAUGUCUCUCGUUCACUAGUAAAGCACUGAUAGGAUUUAAAUAUCCUAUCUUUCCCAUCAUUGGAGCUUCUGGUCCUUGCCAUGUGUCUGUCAAUUUUGGC